CUGCGGCGCUUUUGGCGAUGUCCGGAUUUCCGCAGAAGUUUGUGGAAGCGCAGCGCCGGAGCGCACAGGACGCGCGGCGCAGCCACGGUCUCCAGGAGUGACUCCGGAGGGAAGUUUUUCAACAUGGGGAAAGAAGAACAAGCGGGAUUUUCUACCCUUUAAGGCGUCACAUCCUCGGGCGUGGACAAUGGACACCCUGAGCCUGUCAGUGAACGCGGUCUCCUCCACCGUGGCAGCGGAGAUCCCCACCACCGACGACCCGUUCAGCGGACCCAUCAAGAACAUCGCGCCGUGGAACUUCACCGUCCUGGCCGUUGUCAUGUUCGUGGUCACCUCGUUGUCCUUGACCGAAAAUUUCCUGGUCAUGUUUGUCACUUUCAAGUUCAAACAGCUCAGACAGCCCCUGAACUACAUCAUAGUCAAUCUGGCCAUCGCGGACUUCCUGGUGUCCCUCACCGGCGGACUGAUAAGUUUCCUGACAAACGCCCGGGGCUACUUCUUCCUGGGGAGGUGGGCUUGUGUCUUGGAGGGCUUUGCCGUCACUUUCUUUGGGAUCGUGGCGCUGUGGUCCUUGGCCGUCCUGUCCUUUGAGCGCUUCUUUGUGAUCUGUCGGCCACUGGGGAACAUUAGAUUGCAAGCCAAGCACGCCAUCCUGGGUCUGCUGUUCGUAUGGACGUUUUCCUUCAUCUGGACCUUCCCUCCUGUCCUGGGCUGGAACAGAUACACUGUGAGCAAGAUCGGAACCACCUGCGAGCCCGACUGGUAUUCAACCAACAUAACAGACCACAGUUAUAUCAUCACUUUCUUCGCCACUUGUUUCAUUUUUCCACUUGGAGUGAUUUUCUUCUGCUAUGGGAAGCUCCUCAGGAAGCUCAGAAAGGUAUCUCAUGGUCGUCUGGCAACUGCCAGAAAGCCCGAGCGGCAGGUGACCCGUAUGGUUGUGGUGAUGAUUGUGGCGUUCAUGGUGGGUUGGACCCCUUACGCAGCCUUCUCCAUACUGGUCACAGCUUAUCCCACGAUUGAGCUUGACCCAAGGGCGGCUGCCAUCCCGGCUUUCUUCUCCAAAACAGCCGCUGUUUACAAUCCAAUCAUCUACGUCUUUAUGAAUAAACAGUUCAGGAAAUGCCUGAUCCAGCAUUUUACCGGCAUGGGAACCAUCCCAGAAAGCAACAUGAAUCAGACCACAGAACGACCCGGGAUUACUGCCGAGAGUCACACAGGGGAAAUGUCUGCCAUCGCAGCCCGCAUCCCUGUAGGCGGCACCGUGUCUCCCCGAUCCGAUGACUCUCCAACUGACUGUGGCUCCUUUGCUCAGCUUCCCAUCCCAGAGAACAAAGUGUGUCCACUGUAACUGCAAGCCUUCUUCCAUUAGGUGUCAUUUUUCUCCCUAAGAGCGAAUAUUACCAGUCUGUCAUCCAGCUACGGUGUGCUUCACAAACUCUGUGGACGCUAAGAGAAGUUCAAAUAAUUAGUCAAUGUCUUGGUUAUACUUUGAGGGCACUGGGCACUUUUGGAAAAAAACCUUCAUUGUUCUCUGGAACUGUGGAAACGUUUUGUGCUUUAGUCUGUUUUAGUAGUUUGUUAUAUUCUGUUUAAAAUAGGGGCAGAAAAUAGAGGUAAAUUAUAUAUUCAGCCUUUGCCCAGUAGGCCAUUUGUAAAUACUGAAUACUCCUCUCUCUUCUUCUUUUUCCCUGACGCACUUCCUGUUUAUGAAUCACAUCAGAGGGCACUUCAAUUCAACUUCAUAGUGCCUGUAUUUAAAUCUCAAUGUAGCAGUGGAUUGAAGAAUCUCAACAUCAGUAAGUUAAGGACUGGUCAGUGUAUUUCAAAAACCACAGUGCAUCCAGGCUUUCAUCUUGUCCUUGCCCUCUCCUUUGAAGACUCCUGAAAGCGUCUGCACAGAAAAUGUUGAUUUCCUAUGCUGUUUUCAGGGUUUGCAUUGGCAGCAAGCUUCAGUCAGCUUUUUGUGUCAAAAGCACGAAGCAGACUUUGAAUUGGGAGUUUUUCUAUUUUCUUAUUUUAGUGUUUAUUGCACUGACUAGUUUGGGUCAAGGCUUUCAUCUUUAUUGAGUAUGGUUGAGUUGUCUCACAAGUCUGCCAUUGUUCCUUUUGCAGUUCCAGAAUCAAAGUAUUAAUGAGCUGCUAGCAAGAGAUCAACUCUGCAUAUGAACAGGACUUGUCUAACAAGAAGUUCUAAAAACUUACUGGCCACUUUAAUACGGGCAACUGCUCAUCUGUUUAGCGUUAGAAAAUAAUGUCAAUUUUUGGCCAUUCCUAGCUAUUAGUAAGUACCCAAAGUCUUUUAUUAAUGGAACUGCAUGAUUUGUAAUUCAAUUGCCAAGUUGAGGUACCAGCUGUUCUUCAGGAAUCAAAUGCAAAGCACUUUCUGUCUGUCAAUUGUUGUAGCCAAAAUCACAAUAACUAAAACUACCAAUAACCUAACACAGUAAUGUAAUGCAAAUUUACUUCUAUUGCAACAGACCUGCCUGUUUUCUGGACACAUUGCUCCAGAAAAUAGGCCAGAUACCAGAUACUUAGUACCACAGAGUAUCUGCAGGUUUCAGCAGUUUCAAUUUAAGACUUUAAAUGUCGCUUUGAAAGAAAAAUUGCAUAAAUGCCACUUUGAAUAAAACUUAAGACCAAAAAAACUAUAAAAAUAUGGAUGGUCCAGGAAUCCUGCUGAAUUACAAUCAGGCAUAGCAUUUUUAUUAAUUUUUUUACAUUUCUGGAGUCUUUUUGUGGCUCUUUGCAGGAACUUUGUGCUUCUUCUCCUCACAAUGCAACGUUUUUUUUCCACCGAAUGCACCUUACCUCGUAUGGGUUGGCAACAGAAGUGACCCAGGGGCCACAACUAAUAUUGCUUGUUGAUGCCGACCAGCAAUAAGUUUUACGCUUAAAGGGUUCGACAAAUGGAGGUCGACGCUCCUCCCUUACCUUCAUUUCCUACAGAAUUUAUACAAGGAGGGGAGAGUUGCUUGCCCUCCUACAGCCAAUCGACUGAUGACAUGCGUGUGAAAUUUUGCUCUCGUAAAUGUAGAGGUGACAAGAAAGAUGAAAGAUUUUCAACGUUGUCGCUAUUGUUGGGUUUCAUCCAUUCAUAUGUUGCUCCCAUCACUUGGGAUAGACAUAAAAAGGUAGCUAGCUAGUCAACCAGGAAAGGCGUAUUAGCAGCUAGUUAGCUGUAGCCUCAAUCCAAACUGAUUGCAACAGAACAAAAUGAAGAUGUCGACACACAACUUCAACUUCUGCCAGUUGGAAAAGUCGCCGGAAAAAAAAAGAUAUUUAAAAGACUAUUUACAAAAGGAAAUAGUUCUGUCAUGCCAAAUUUAAGACUUGCGAUAGAGGUAUCUAAAGCCAGCUUGUGAAUUUAAGAUUUUUAAGAACCCUAACUUUAGAUGCAUAAAUUUAGGACUUCAUAAGAAUGCACAGACACCUAUUACCAACUGAGUGUUGUACAAACACUUUAGCCUUCCUUGCUAUCAUUGCUCAGCAUGUCCGUUCCUUCAUGAUCUAAUUGUAUCCAACAUCUGGCAUCUCCUUCCACCAGGUAACAAGACUCAAAUCAUUUCUUAGACAAGAGUUUUUUCACUCUAUUCCAAUGUUCUCUGCAGUCACAACUCCUUUUGGAUAUUGAGCAGACAAAUCUACCACAUGUCUGAUUCCAAAAUCUCAGAAGAGUGUAGACAAUACCUUGCAAAUGUAAUCAAGGCAAUUCUAAGGGCCAAACUGAGUCACACUCACUAUUAGCACAGUGUUCCCUGAAAGUUGGACCGCUGUGUUGCUAAGUCUAGUCACUGUAACAAAAAUGCAGUGGACUAGAGUUGCUUUGGUAAUUAGCCAUAAUUUCUAUGUUAAGCAAAAAUCAACAGCAAUACGGAAGUCAAAUGAUGUCCAACGAAUGAGUGUUGGUAAUUGCUGGACUUUGUGUUGCAUGUUUGUUCAAUGUUAUUUGGUAUAUGUCAAUCACUGUUAGUUGCUGCACAAUGAUACUCUAUGUGUACACAAUAUAACAUUCUGGUGUCUGUGUGUCCCAGUCAUGUCAGGCAUUUCUAUACAAAAUCACAUUAUGAAGGUGUGUACAUCUGUGCUAUAUUUAUUGUGAUGCAUUAAUGUAAUCAUAACAGUAUGGGGCCAUGGUGAUCACAAAUGCUAAGUUUGGUGACAUCCUUCUAUAAUAUUACCACAGUAUUCUGCGUGUCUCUUUUGAAAUUGGUAAAAGCGGUUUUAAAUUAUACAAACAACGUAUAACAAAUAUAAAUGAUUUUUGUUUGCAUGGGUGAAAUCAGCUUGCUCCUUUGGAUGUUUCAGAGUAGAGCCGCUAUUCCUGUGCAUCGACAGGAGUCAGUACACUGAAUCUUCGCUGUAGGUUGCUCCAAUGUUGUAAUGUUCACAUAAAAUGUCAAAUUUGUAUUCAAAAUGUACCGUUUGCAUCAAUGUUUUUAAAUCUCAAAUUACAGUUUGCUCAUGCUGUUUGUGGAUUCUCUCGUCUUUUCAAGGGGCAGUGCUGACUUAAAGCUGUGUAUCCUUGUAUGCCAUUGAAAAGCAGGGAAAAUAUAAACUAGCAUGACUGGGGUGUAAGUGUGAUUUGUGUUGAGAAAGCAGAAA